AAAAUGCUCCCUUGUGAGAUUUAUUUUAAAAUUUUAAACCAUCUUUCAUAUGAAACCCUUUAUGGAAGUAUUCGAUUUGUUAAUCACGAGCUUUCACAAAUUGCCUCAAAAAUUCUUGAGAAAAAUGAACGUGCUUGGAUUGUGUUUUCCAUUGAUUAUAAAGAUGGUAAGCACGUAGGACAAUGGUCUUCAAAGCAUGGCGGGUGUUUAUGCUCAGCAACAACGGUAAAAAAUUUAAAUUCGAACAUUAAAUAUUGUAGAGCGGAUAGCUAA